AUGCCAAACGAUAACAAGAAUGCGCCAUCGCCCGCUGCGAGUACCGUGCGCUCCGUGCAAGACAGAGAAGUUCACAUGAGCCCAAUGACGGAGAGCACCAGUCGCCAGGUCCCUAGUGACAGCUAUGCGGGACCUCCUCCCACACCCGGCAUGGAUGACGUUCCAUACAUCCGAUUUGCUAUUAACCAACUUACUCGUGAAGAAGAUUCUCGUAGCUUGCGAAGACCAAGCUCAGUUGCAAGCGAGGAUUAUCCGGCUGAGCGUCUCAUUUGGGACGAAGGAUUGGGGUAUUUCAUCCGCUCCCCUGAAGCGAAUAACACACCUCCCGCACAGCAGCCUCUGUUGCAGCACCCCUCACCAGAGCCAGUCGAUAGGUCCCUUCAGGGAUCAGUGGAACCGGAAGCCUUUGUCGCAGUCGAGCCUCCAAAAGAUAGUUUGCUCUAUCCACGUCUGGACUACGUGCCGUGCGUGUUACGGCCAUGGGCUCUUACUGCGGUCAUCCUCUGCUCUUUGCUCAUGAUUGCUGGGAUUGUCUUCUGUAACAUAUGGUCUCAGGGGCAUCAGGGCUUCUGGGAUUAUGGAGGCCAAGGCGGUGGGCGGUACUUCGUUGUUCAAUUCCUCCCACAAAUUUUGGCUGUCAUUAUCACAAUUUGGACUUUCGUUAUCCAAGCUGCAGUGUAUCGUACAAUGCCGUUUGCGAUUAUGGCCUCGGAAAGAAAGCUAGGUCAUGUUUUGCAUCGCCUACCAAUUCUAUCGCAGAACUUUCUAGUUCCAGACUUUUCGCAGUUUCGACAUGGAGAACCGUUGGUUGGGCUCUCCUUGGUCUUAAUCUGGCUUUCGAAUAUGAUCUCGUUGCCACUGCUGAGUUGCUUCUUCCAAGCAAAGUGGUUCAUCAUCGAUGGGCGAGGGACAUGGCGUUGGACUGCUGUGCAGGAUGUUGGCUGGACACUGGUAGCUAUGUACGGACUGCUGACCGUUGCAUUAGUCUUUCUGGUGUUUCGCUUUGUUCGUACCCGGUCGGGACUAAUGUGGGAUCCGGUGAGCCUGGCUGAUCUGGUCUCGAUCAUUCAGCGUUCCAAUAUCUUGCGGGAUUUUGAGCAGUCCGAAAUAUUGCCCGAUGUAGGCGAUUCACUCAACCCCAGAGUCCUUCGGCUGGGCUAUUGGCAAUUAUCCAACCGGGAAGCGACCUUUUACGGUAUCGGUGAGGUUGCAGCGCCGCUGGGAAACCCGUCUCUCCACCUCAGCGAAAAGAGCCGCGAGAAGCAGCCAUACGGUUUAUCCAGGGUUUCCUACGAUCUAGAGCAGCGGAUCGGAGAAGGCAAGUACGGCUUCGAUGAGCACAAGUAUUCCCCAUCUGUUCGUUACCGGUGGGCUCCAUGGUUCCUUCGAGACACCUUUAUUGUCGCAUGGACAGUUACCAUCGGCGCGCUUUUUAUCGCUUUCGUGCUUGUCAGCUUUAUCCAUGACGCUAUUAAAGGCGGAUUCCCACCACGGCUGCCCACACUCCCGUCGCCUAAGUCCUUUUCCUCCUCCAACUUCUUGUACAGCUUCAUCCCAGCACUCAUCGGGAACGUCCUUUUCCUCGCGUGGCAGCCUAUUGAUGUGUAUUUCCGUGCCCUGCAGCCAUUUGUCUCGCUCUCCUUACCGGAGGGUGCAACGGCCGACCAAAGCUUGCUCCUGUCUUAUCCAUCAUGCUUCCCCUUCCAUGUGACCGUACUGGCUAUCCUCAACAAACACUAUAAGGUGGCCUGGAUCUCCUUCAUGAGCGUUGCCUCGGCCGCUAUUCCCAUUUUAGCUGGUGGUGUCUUUAUCGCACUCAACUACCCUUCACAAAGCGAAAUCCGCAUUGCCGCCCUCAUGCCAGCAUUCUACGCUAUGGUUGCGUUUUGCGCAUUAUAUACAGUGUCGUUUUUGUGUAUUUGGCCCGGUCGUCGCCGCUACCUGCCCCAUGAUAUUAGCACGCUCGCCGAUCAGAUAAGCUUCCUCUACCAGAGCCCUCUACUCUCGGAUAAAAUACUUCGUGAGCCUCGGAGCAAAGCUGAUCUUGUUACGCGACUAGUCGUGGCACCUCCUGGAGACAGGGACCAUCCUAUGUAUGGCUUUGGAAUCUAUGUGGGACGUGACGGCAAAGAACAUCUUGGCAUUGAUCGCUUUCAUCGGCCGGGUCGAGCAGACAUGCUGAUUACAACGGGGUCAAUGCAAUGA